AUGCAUAUUCCUAAAGGCAAAGAAUUGUUGUUGCCAGCGAAGAAGAACAAAAUGCUUUGGGGCGAGGCUCCAGAUAAGUCUUCAAUAUUAUUUGGUUAUAAAGAUUCCUGGGCCGCAAAAGUUUGUCAGAAAAGGGACCAUGCAAGAUGCACAAAAUUGCUCAAGCGUCAAAGGGCUAAACAUUGGGCAUUAAGUAAAGAAUGUGCUUUGGUUCGAGAUCUAGUGGUUAGUACAGGAUUAGGGCCCGGAAUCCUCAAUUGCCAAACAGAGUAUGAUACUGUUGUGGUCUCUGCCUUCAGGGAACGAUAUUGGCUUGAAACCGAUACAUUUCAUCUUCCAUUUGGAGAGAUGACAAUAACACCGGACGAUGUGAAACAAAUUACUGACCUUGAAGUUGAAGGACAAUCAGUAUUUGAAGGUUUCAACAACAACAUAGCUUGGACUGACCUUUACGCUCUUCUUGAAGAAACACUUGGGUGGGGAAAAGAUGAAACUGAGAUGGAGUUUAAGUUGGCUGGUGGUUAUGACCCAAAACAACCACAUAAACUUAAAAACCCGUUGAAAAAGCUAAUGUUGAAGAAUCUGAGGAAAGAGUUUAAAGGAACGUUCAAGAGGGAAAAGGCAGGUGAGGUGAUUGAUGAAAUAAAAGCUAAGCGUACAACCACAACUUACUUGUUCUAUUCUCUUGGGACCGUAUUCUUUCCCGACAACUCGGGAAAUCGGGUGAAUAUUCAUUAUCUACAAUUGUUGAAGAAUUUGGACAACAUCAAAAACUAUCCGUGGGCCACUGCCACCCUUGCAUAUCUACUUGAUAGCCUAAGAAAAGCCUCGAGGGUUGGAGAUACUGAAUUGCCGGGAAUGUUGCGAUUCUAA